CACACCUCGAUUAUUAUUAGCAGCCGGUUUGUGACGCAAUGCCUCGUGUCCUAGUCGUAAAUCAUCGCCCUUUUCCGUAACUUCUCGCGCCUCUUGAACAAGCAGCAGCAGCAGUCGCUCCGGGCCGGCGCAGCUGAGGACUGGAACGAUGAUGGCGACCGUCAAAGCGAGUCUUUAACCGGAAAAAUUUCGAAGCCAGUUCUACAAUGGAAGGACAUGUUUUCCACGACCAAGAGCAGCUGUUGCAGUUUCUGAGGAGGCUCAAGGAGGUUUUCGACGUGUGUGACGAGGAUGCUGACGGCUUCAUCCGGGUGGAGCACUUGGAGGACCUCGGUCUUCAGUUCGGUCAAGGAGACGAGGUGAAGAAGUUAACCAGGUACCUGGAUCCUAACGCUCAUGGGAAGAUCAACUUUAAAGACUUUUGCCACGGAGUGUUUGCCAUUAAAGGUUGUGAGGAGAUACUGAAGAUGGCUGUGGGUCCUCGCAGCGUUAGCUCCAACCAGCCGUCUGUUACUGACAACGGUUACAUUUACCAGAACGGUGAGGCCAAGCUGGGCCCUCCCGUUAUCAUGUGCACGAGGUCCUACCCAGAAAGCAGUGUGUAUGGUGAGGGUUGUGGUGCCGACGGGGAGUGUGACAUGGACAGCAGCGCUGAAAACUCUUUGGAUCCGACACGGCAAGACAGACACCUGAUUGGCUCAGCGUCUGCGUCUGUCAUCUCCGGGGAAGAGCAGUUUGAAGAUUAUGGUGAGGGGGAGGAUGUGGAUUUUACCCCCAGCAGUCCUUGCCCUGAAGAAGACUCUCGAACAAAUGGCUUCUCAGACCUGGGAUCAUCCGUUCCCUCCAGUGCUGGGCAGACUCCUCAGAAGAUGCGGCAGCUGUAUAACAGUGAGCUGCUGGACAUCUACUGUUCUCAGUGCUGCAAGAAAGUGAAUCUACUCAACGACCUGGAGGCUCGCCUUCGAAACCUCAAGGCCAACAGCCCUAAUCGAAAGAUUUCCAGCACAGCAUUUGGACGUCAGCUGUUCCAGGCCAACCACAGCGUGUUUGGGUCCAGUCAGGGCAGCAGCACAGAGGAUCUGUUCACAGACAGCAUCGACUCCUGCGACCUUGACAUCACAGAGAAAGUCAGUUAUCUGGAGAAGAAGGUGACAGAGUUGGAAAGCGACAGUCUUGCCAACGGUGACCUCAAGUCUAAACUCAAACAGGAGAACACACAACUUGUUCACAGGGUGCAUGAGCUGGAGGAGCAGGUGAAGGAUGCCGAGGCCAGGGCAGAUCAGAGUCUGGAUGAGGAGACCAAGAGGCACCGGGAGGCUUACAGCAAGCUGGACAGGGACCGAAACAUGGAGAUAGACCUGCUCUGUAACAGGAUACAGCUGUUGGAGGAAGAGAAUGGAGAGAUGAAGUUGAAUGUGUGCAGACUCAAGUCGCAGACUGAGAAACUGGACCAGGAGAAGCAGAGGAUGACAGACAAGCUGGAGGACACCGGUCUGAGGCUGAAAGAUGAGAUGGACCUCUACAGGAAGAUAAUGGACAAGCUCUGGCAUAACCGCCAUGAGUUUCAGAAGGAAAAGGAGGCUAUGCAGGAGUUGAUUGAUGAUCUCCGCCGGGAGCUGGAGUAUCUGCAGAUGUUUAAGCUGGAGAUGGAGCAUCCAGGACAGGGCAAGGGCUUGUCUGAGUACAACGCCAGGACCAGAGAGAUCGAGAUGGAACAUGAAGUCAAGAGACUGAAACAGGAGAACUUUAAGCUGCGGGAUCAGAACGACGACCUGAACGCUCAAAUUCUCAGCCUGAGUUUGUACGAGGCGAAGAACCUGUUUGCCUGUCAUACCAAGGCCCAGUGCCUGGCGGCGGAAAUCGACAACGCCUCCAGGGAUGAGCUGGUCGAUGCUUUGAAGGAGCAGGAGGAGAUCAACCUGCGUCUGAGGCAGUACAUGGACAAAAUCAUUCUGGCCAUUCUCGACCAUAACCCCUCCAUCCUGGAGAUCAAGAGUUAAACGCCACACACACACACACACACACACACACACACACACACACACACCCUUGUAUUACUGUAGUUGUGGGGAUCUUCCAUUAGCCCCUACCUUAAAGUUAUACUCCUUGUGAUUUUAGUCCUGGUUGACUUGGCGACCCGCGUAGUUUCUGGAGGGAAACCGAGGGCAGAAAUGCAACAGAAGAGCAGCGGGUGUAUUUGUUCACGGUGCAGCCAAAUAAACCCGUGUUGUUUUCUCAGACAGGAUUACCACGUCUUGUUCUGUAGACACAUUUUUGCUGAAUGAUCGCAGUUAGAGCUAACCUGCGUUCUGUGGCUUCUGAAAGUGAACGUGAACUAGCUGCAACAGGUAACGUUGGGUUAGCAUUAGCAGUAACAACUGGAUUACAUGCUGCGUCCUCUCCUGUCUAUCCCUCGUGUGUGUGUGUGUGUGUGUGUGUGUGUGUGUGUGUGUGUG